UAGAUGCUUCAAACACAAGCCAUUUCAUCCAUAUAAUCAAGAAACAAACAAGAAAGAUAAAGUUGUGUUAAAAAUGAGUGCAUAGACAGACAAACUUCAAGAUUCAGUUUCUUCUGCUGCAUCAUCCACCAUUUGGAACACAAUGACAACACAAGCUCCACCUGAUCGCAGGCUCGGGCAGCUCAUAUUUCCUGUUGCAUUGACAUCUCUUCUUGUACUAGGCAUGGUUCGAGUCGUGUUUGAAAGUUUGAAGAGCAGAGGAAAUGUUAGUAUCCUUGAUCUUCUGGGAUCACAUCACAGCAGAGUUGUGAAGCUUCCGAUCAUGGUGUCUGAUGAAGAAGUCAUUCCUGAUGGCUGCAAUGUUUUCGAAGGUAAAUGGAUAUGGGACAAUGUAUCUGCUCCACAUUAUACUGAAGACAGUUGCUCUUAUUUGGUUAAACAAGUCACCUGCAAAAGAAAUGGCAGAACUGAUUCUGAGUAUCAGAAUUGGAGGUGGCAGCCUUCUGCUUGCAACUUGCCAAGGUUUAAUGCCUUGAAGUUGUUGGAGAUGCUGAGGAACAAAAGGCUGAUGUUUGUUGGAGACUCGAUUCAAAGAGGCAUGUUUGACUCAAUGGUCUGUCUAGUACAAUCAGUAAUUGCUGAUGGAAAGAAGUCGCUUGUCAGAAUUCCACCUCGGAAAAUUUUUAGAGCUGAGGAAUAUAAUGCAUCAAUUGAAUACUACUGGGCUCCAUUCUUAGUAGAAUCCAAUUCAGAUCAUGCAACAAAUCACACUGUACUCAAAAGAUUUGUCAAGCUUGAUAGCAUUGAUAAUCAUAGCAAACAGUGGGAAGGUGUUGAUAUUCUGGUAUUCGAGAGUUAUGUAUGGUGGAUGUAUAAACCUUUGAUCAAUGCAACAUAUGGAUUUCCAUACAAAGUCGGCGAAUAUAAUGUGACCACUGCAUACAAAUUGGCAAUGCAAACUUGGGCAAAUUGGAUUGAAAAGAGCAUCAGCCCAAUCACUCAAAAAGUCUUUUUCAUGAGCAUGUCCCCCACACAUUUGUGGAGCUGGGAAUGGGAAGCUGGGACAGAUGGAAAUUGCUUCAACGAGACACGUCCGAUCGAAAAGCCAUACUGGGGGACUGGUUCCAAUCUUGAUAUCAUGGGAACAAUCAAAAAUGUUUUAGGAAAGUUAAAGGUCAAUGUGAGAUUGCUAAACAUUACUCAAUUAUCGGAGUUUCGAAAAGAUGGUCAUACAUCAGUGUAUGGUGAGCGUAAAGGAAAGCUUCUAACAAGAGAACAAAGAUCAGAUCCUAAAACAUAUGCUGAUUGCAUUCACUGGUGUUUGCCAGGAGUUCCUGAUACAUGGAAUGAGAUUUUGUAUGGACAUCUUUUACAGGAUUAUCGCACUUCCUGAUAUUGUCAAAAGUAGAUGCAACAUAGGCAUUUACUCUGUCACACGAUUUUUUGAGAAAAAUCUCAGAAACAUUUUUCCUCUAUAAAUUUGGGCUUCUCCGUGAUGGUUUUAGAUACAAAAAUGAAUAUA